CCAAGAACAGAACCUGAUUGGCCAGAAGCUUCUGCAAAUUCCCUGAGAUGUUUUCCUGAUGGGUGUAACUCCAUCACUGACAUGUUUUCCUCAGAAUAAUUCCUCAAUCAGGCCUAAAAUUGAAAUUAAAAGAGGAGAUCUAUAAAAAGCAUUGCAGUAAGUUAAGUUGUGUUUUGCAGUUACAUAAAGAUUAAUAUUUUAUUUAUGUCAUGUGAUAGGCCAAGUGUUUUAUUUCAUUUCAUCUACAGGUUCUACUUUUAAAUUUAGAAAUGCAAAGUCUGAGAUAAAGGACCUAAAAUAUGUUUAAUACGAUGCAGUGCUUCAUGAUUCUGUUUUAAUAAGUUAAAGUAUUUUUUUAAUGCUUGGUUCCAGAUAAAUUUUAAUAGUUAAAAUGGAUGUGAACUGACUUCACACCUCAUGUUUUCUUUCAUGCCUGCUGCCCAGACGCCUCAUGAUGUUCAUGCUGUUUGUGAUAAUAUAAGAGCUGUUGCUCAGACUCAGUAAAGAGCUUCAUGAUACUGAUCACCAACACGUUUAGAGAAAAAUGGGGAAGCUCCAGAGAACAUCACAGCUUAGUGGUAUGGAUGUGGCAGCAUAAUGCUGAGGGGUGUUUUGUUGCAUGAGAAGACUAUUGCAUCUAAUAAAUUAGCAUCAGAAGGAAAGACGUUUAUAUGGAAAUGUUGGAGCAACACCUGAAGACGGGAGGUUGAAAAACGGCAGAGAUGUUUUUUUCAAGCAGAUAAUGAUUCAAAGCAUACCACUAAAUUAGAUAAAGGGUGGCUUAAGGGCAAAAAAGUGAAUAUUUUGAAGUGCCUGUCAUAAAAAAUCCUCGUCUCAGUCCAAUAGAAAUCAUGAGUGGAGCUAAAAUGAUGUGUGUGAGCCUACAAACCAUGUUUGACCAAAUUCACACAGUUUGGAGGAAAUUCUACUGAAUCCAACAUGAAAUGUAAACUUAUGAAUUUGAGGAAUAUUUAGAAAACCUUAAAACUGGACAAGUUUAGUCCGAUUUAAUGUUUCAUAGUGAGAUAAAGGUGAUGAGAUCAUGAAAUUAUCUGCUUCAAUAUUCACAUAAAAUGCAGAAUAAUUACUGUAAGAACUUGGAGGGAACUGGUGACGACCAACAACCAAUCCUGUGGGUCUGCACAAGUCGUGUCUUUAUUUGGUGGUGUGUGAGUUGAAUUAAGCUCUGAUAGGCUCUUUAGAAAAAUCCUCCUUCAGAUAAUCAGAUAUUAAAGAAGCAGCAGGAUGAGAUGAAACCAUUUCUACAUCUAAACUCUGAGGUUGAUUUCACCGACUGAACAAACCAAGACCUGAGAACUCUCCACCUGAUCAGUCGUCUAAAUCAGCUGCCUCUGCUGCCGUCCCUCCACUGUGAAGAAGAACUCAGCCAACAGAAAUGCUGCCGUUGCUGUUGCUGCUGGUUCUGUCCUCAGCCAGUCCUCCGGACCCGGACUGGAACCGGCCGCCGGAUGAAAACGCCUCCUCUGUGAAACCAGAUCCUGCGGAUGAUGUUGCUGAAAUCAAAGCUAAGUUGUACUUCUCAACAGUCCGACGUGUUCUGCCUUCUGCUCCGCUCAGACAGAAAAGCCCAGUAAAUGUGACGCUCUCAGAGGUCGGUAGUACAGGAAAACUGCGAUGGGAAAAAUGGAACGGUUCCCCUCCUAAUGGAGCCGUUUCCAUUCAUAACAGCUACGCUGAUCGCAUCGACUACGUCUGCAAAGUCGGAUGUCAUUCUGGUUUUUACAACCCCAGCAUGGGUUCUUACUGCCACUAUCCAAAUAAAAAAGAAGAGCAUCGUUCCUCCAGCUUUCAAAUCCUUGUGAAUGAAGAUAAUGUUGAGAUCCUGGAGUGGAAGGAAGGUUCUUAUGGUUCUGUCCCAAAGAAUUCAGUCAGAACCUGCUCCAGUGAGGAAAUGUAUGUAGGGAAGAACGAGUACGGAUUGGGGAAGGUUGAUCCAAAGGAUCAAUGUUUUUAUCUUCCCUGGAAAGGGAAGCAGUAUUGGUACAGGAGCUAUGAGGUUCUGACCCAAGUGAAGGCUGAAGAAGAUUUAAUCUCUGAUGUCAAGUAUAACAUCAAACAUGAUAAAAUUUUCAAAGAACCUCCAAAAACCUUGAGAAGCUCAUUUGUUAAAAACCUUUCCCACAUGAAUGUGACGAAGACGGUUUCUCUGACGCAGACCACCACCGAUCAGAGACGGUGGGACUGCAGCCAUGCCUUCACAGUCGGUAUAAGAACAACCAUGAAAACAGGAAUUCCCGGCAUUGUGGAAGGACAUGUUGAAAUCAAUGCAGAGACGACUCAUACGUUCUCACGUGGAAAUACCUGGACAGAGCAGGUCUCCCAUACUGUGUCGUUACAGCUUACUGUACCACCAAACCACAGCUGCAAAGUAAAGAUAGUUGGUUAUCAGUACAGGAUGGACAUUCCCUUCACCGCCCGCCUGAAGCGAACCUAUGAAGACGGAGAGACCAGAUCAGCCAUCGUCUCUGGAACGUAUCAUGGAGUCCAAGUUGGAGAAAUCAGGGCUGAGGUGGAAAAAUGUAAACCUUUGUCUAACUCGAAACGCUUUUUUAAAAUUUUGGAUAUUUGGAGUGAAAACCUCCUGAAGUAAAGUUAUCAUGACUUUACCAGGCUUUUCAUGUAGAGCUUCAGCUUCAUUUAUGCUUUUUUAUUCAUAUCCUUUGAAUCUGUAACCAUGCGAUUACUCAAAGGAAUGGCUUUUAUGUAAUUCUGAUAAAAACCCAAAACAUUUUUAUGAACCAUCUGCUCAUUUAAAGUUAAUCUAGAAACAGACAAACGUUAAAGUUUAUGAAUGAGCCCUCUGAGCUGUUCUAUGCAAUUUCUUUGGCAUCAAUAAAGCUAAUAAGCAG